AUGAACAAAGAGAAGACGCCACAACAUCUCCAGGGCAUGUUUUACAACCCUGACACUUUCCGUUGGGAAGGCAACGAAAAUGUCUUGAACGCGUUCGACCCACCACCCGCGUCGUCACCUUCGACAGCAUCACUACCACCUCACAUGAUGCGCGAUAAGGAAGCCACUACCCCCCGACCGGCUUUAAUUACGAAUAUUAGCCAUACGAAGGGCGUGCAAGUUGUGGGGGGAAUGGUCUUCGACCCACAGAACAUGUGCUGGCUGAAGCUCGGUCCCCAGUCGAAUCCCAAGUCCGAGAUCCCCGAUCCCAUGGACGGCUUCAACGCCCUGGAUGACGACGAAGACGUCUUCAAAGACAUUCCAGACCUUGAAGACAACCAGGGCGACUCCAAAGAGCCCGGUCGCGUCAGCGAGGUCAAGGAUGAAUGGUUGGUCGGCGAAGAGUUCGACGUCGGUCCAGAGUUCAUCCGACGACAGAGAGAAGAGGAAGACAGGUGGAGAAAGAAGUGCGAGAAGUGGCUGGGUGUCGGCGAAAGAGAUCGCGAAGCAUGGCGGUGGGCGAUUCGCGACAUUCUAUUAUAUCAGAGGACUGCCCAGUAG